AUGAUUGUGUAUGGAAAAGUGUGCCAUCUUCCGGUAGAGUUAGAGCAUAGAGCUUUAUGGGCUUUGAAAACCGUAAAUCUUGACCUUACCGAGGCCGCUAGAAAGAGGUUCUUCCAAAUUCAUGAGUUGGAAGCAUUGAGGGAUGCCGCCUAUGAACGAUCUUGGAGUAUCAAGGAAAAAACUAAGGCGUUGCAUGAUAGGAGGUUGCGAGGCGUGAAAGAGUUUAAGGUAGGUGAUAAAGUGCUUUUGUUCAAUUCGAGGUUGAAAUUGAUAGCAGGGAAGCUAAAAUCGAGAUGCAGUGGACCGUAUGUGGUGAGAGAAGUGUUUCCAUACGGCAUGGUUGAAUUAUACGACGAAGUCGACAAAAGGAAUAUGGAAGGUAAACGGUCAUAG